CGGGGAGGCAGAUGAAGGUGGUUUCUGAGCUCUAACAGAAAGAUUUUUACAAGGGUUUACUUACAGACAAAAUCUGCUGUGGAAGAAUUGGCUGCAAGAAAGAACCAGUAUCCCUGUGCGUUUGGAGUUGUGAGUGAUUCUGACAGCAGAAACCAAUAAGAGCUUUCCUGAUCCUUAUCAGGAGAGCCUGAGGGCAGGGUCCAGCCUUCUUCUAACAGAGGAUUACUUCAGGACCCCUGCACAGACCUGUCUACCUUGAUAUUUUUAAUCCUCUCUCAGGGAGAAGAAACCACUGCAUAUUUGCUGCACUCUGCAGCAGACAGCAGUUUACCAGCUGUGGUAAGUCUGGCUGAUUUAAGCAAAUGUUUGGGUUCCUAAGUUUCAUUUUUCUUCCGAAGACUUAGUCUCUACAGGUUGGGAAGCCAGCACACCAAGAAGAAAUACUGUCUCCAGGUCUGCAGACACUUGCAGACCUCACUGGCCUUUGUAUCAGGUUUUAGAUGUGGUCUUCAGUCUUCCUUGUGGUGCAGGUGAUUUUCUUCUCUAUACUUACCUGGAGACAUGAAUGACACCUGUACCAACAGCAGUAUCAACCCCAGAGUAGAACUGUUCCAGCUGAUCAUGUACACUCCCACCUUUAUCCUGGGAUUGCUGUUCAAUGUGAUGGCCCUCUCGUUGCUGUUUUUUCCAGCUAAAAAGCUGUCAGAAUCUACAGUCUACCUGAUAGCCCUUAUUUUCCUGGAUACUUUGCUGCUGUUCACUCUUCCUUUUAAAAUAGUUUCCUAUCACCUCCAGAACAACUGGAAAUUCGGGUCCAUGUUUUGUUCCAUCUUGGAGAGUCUUUACUUUAUAAAUAUGUAUGGCAGCAUCCUCAUCUCCCUCUGCAUCUGCGUUGACCGCUACAUCGCAAUCCAGCACCCUUUCAUGGCCCCUGCCCUGCGCUCCACCAAGAAAGCUGCUCUGGUCUGUGCUGUCAUCUGCCUGGGCAUCUCGGCCGGGACUGUGUCUACUUCCCAGUUUCAUGAGGAGAGCUACAACAUCUCGUCCUGCUUCUACAACUUCUCCAAAAGCACGUGGGAAAACACAGGCCUGAUAAUCACCCUGGAGAUGAUCUUCUUUGGCAGCAUGGUGGCCAUGGCCUUCUGCACCAUUCAGAUCAUCAGGUGUCUGAGAAAUCACAGAAAAUCAGGGAACGCCCAGACACACAUGACCAGAGCAGAGAAGGUAGUAGUGACAAACUUUGUCACGCUUUUGGUCUGUUUCACACCUUACCAUGUGACGUUCUUCCUGUACUUUUUGGUAAGAAAUGACAUCAUGCACAUCCCUUGUCACACUGUGCUACGGGACAUCCUUCAGGUCACCCUUUGCUGGGCUAAUCUGAACUGCUGUCUGGAUGCAGUCUGUUACUAUUUUGUUUUAAAGGAGUCUGCAGAAGGUUCGUUGCAAAACAAAGUGAGAAAGCACCAAGAGGAAAGAUUUGAUCCGCACACUGAACAUUAGUUACUUUACCCAGCAAGAGGAGAUGCUAUCAUGAAAGGUGCAGGACCUUGAACUACUUUUCUAAACCAUUGACUUUAAAUACUCAGAUGUGAAAAUAUGUCAUAAAAAGAACAGAACUAAGCCUAUUUUCAGGGCUCCUAGCUUGCUUCCCUUCCACAAUGCUUUGUGUUGUCAUUUAUGGAUAAAAAGAAUCGAAAUUAUUUCUUGUAAAUAGCGAUGCAUAUCUCUUGGGAUGUGAUUCCCUUUUACUUUGGGAAGGAAAAAAAAAAAAGUAUUUACUUACAAA